AUGGGCUCGGUGCCACUGCCUGGCCAGCUGAAGAAACGUCACAAGAGCUUCGCUGGCUGCUGGACCUGUCGAGCUCGCAAGGUCAAGUGCGACGAGAGCCGGCCUCGCUGCGUACAGUGUCGCCUGAAGGAUCUUGAUUGCGAGGGCUAUGCUGUCCGGCUGCGAUGGAUGCCCCUCGAGGCUGGCUCCGAUGCCUCCAGGGAUGAUGACAACCAGUCACAACAGGGCUCAGACCAGCCUGGAAUGGCCAUUGGCAGGUCACAGAGAUCUCUGAUCGUAUACGAGGAUGCCCAAUCUCACCUUUCGCCUCUGGAUCUCGACGACAUCUUCCGUCAGAUUGAUGGCUUCCCAGUGCAGAAGCAGAGGUCUUCUGCAAAUACAGACCAUGCAUUAUUCCUGACCAACUUCGGCGUUUUCCUUCCGUGUCCGGGGUCCAAUGAAGCAAGUUCCCCGCUACCUUCGUCUGACGAGCACCAAAGAAUCCUAUCUCAGUCACUGCUGGACGCAUGGCCACCAGACGAUGCGCAAGCACUCGAUGGCACAGGACCACGCGGUUCCGAGCUGGAAUUGAACGGCUCUGCCAUUUUGUCUCCAGGGCACGGACAAAGCCUCAGUCCUUCUACUAUCGCCACUCUACAGCAUGGAACCGCAACAGACUAUCCUGCAGAACACGGAGAAGGCGACCAUCUAGACGGUGGAGCCUCACCAGGCAACAUCCAUGGUCUCUGGUGGACGGAUGACAGUAGCAAUGCUAUUACGUACAACCCAUCGCCAUCCUACAUGCCAGAGGUCGAACGGUUCUUGAUGAAUCACUAUGUCCACAGAGUUGUGCAUCUCUUCUGCGUCACCGACUAUGAGAAGAGUCCAUGGAAAACGAUACACCUUCCGCGUGUUCUGCAAAGCGCCGGACAACUAAGCCUGUAUGGCUCGACAUCCAAGAUCCGAGACGCUCUCCGAAACGCACUGCUCUCGAUCAGUGCCUUCUACCUUGCAAAUGACAGCAAUUCGCGAUCAUGUGAGAAGGAGGCAGGAACAUGGGCCAACGAUGCCAUCAAGUUUAAAGGUCGGGCGAUAAAAUUACUCAAAGAGACAGUUGAGAGCUCCACGCCACACUCGCGCCCAAAGUACAAGGAACUGCUGGCAACUAUGCUGUCCAUGAUCACUAUCAACGUCAUGUCUGGAGAUACAAGCACGUGCGGCAUUCAUCUGGAUGGGGCUUUCCGAUUUAUGACUCAUAUUCGAGGCUCCAAGACCAAGUAUUCCUCAAAGGCACAGUCACUACAUCGAAUAUACUUCUACUUGCGUGUCAUCUAUGACAGCACGGCCGCCCGGCAUAAUAGUCUCGACCAGCAGUCGUCGUCAUGUUCGCCGGCGUCUCCAGACUCGUAUUUCGGGACGGCUUUAUCCGUUGGGCUUCUUGACAGGGGAGAUGAGACAGACGGUCAACGGGGCAAUUCUCCCCUGUUGUGCCAUGUCGCAGCGCCACGAUCAACAACGGUCGGCGAAUAUGAAUACGUCUAUGGCGUACCUCAAGAUCUCUUGAUUCUCCUCGCCCGAACAACAGACCUCAUUGAACAAAUUGACGAAUGUCGAAAGAGCGGAAGUACCCCCUCGCAUGAGCUCGCUGAAUUAUGCAAUGAGCUCGAGUCCGACAUCAUGGAAUGGGUCCCGGGGUAUCCUUUUCCCUCCCCUCAAGGCGAUCGUGGUGAUGGCAGCAGGACAACGCCGAGCUCUGAGAUCAUCGAGAAGACUACGGCGGCGUUCCAUAAUGCCCUUGUCAUCUAUUUCGCCCAGCAUAUACGGCUCAUGAGGCACAGCUUCCUCAGAUCGCACAUCGAGAUCGUGCUUGGCAGUAUCGAAGACAUAGAAAGAAUCAAGGCAGACAGCGGGAUAUUGUCGGCACCUCUGUACUGGCCAGCCUUCAUUGCAGGAAGCGAAGCUUUUGACAGCAAGUGCCAAGAUCGAUUUCGAGCGUGGUAUGCCCAAGUAGAGGCGUACCGGCUCGCAUCAGUCAGGAGCGGCAUAGGAGUUCUCAAGCAGGUAUGGGCCGAAGGCCCGACACCGCCACACAACAGGACUACUAGUCAGUGGCGCACGGCUGUUCGGAGAACGGGUGCGUGUCUCAUGCUUAGCUAG